AAUCACAACAACAACAACAACCAGCAGCAGGCCGACUCCGACGACCGACGCCCGCCUGAGAUUCCAUAAUUCCGUCCGUCCGUACAUCACGGCAGCCAUGGAUCCCAGCCUCUCCUCCUCCAGCUACGCCUCCGACGACGACUUCAACAACAGCUUCUCCGGCUACGAGCCCAACCGCCUCAGCACCGACAGCUCCCCAAUGAUGAUGUCCCCCUGGAACCAGCCCGUCCCCUUCCUCCCCGACUCCUCCGCCGCCGCCUCCUCCGGCGACAUCUUCCAUAGCCGCCCCCAGAACAGCCUCAUCGGCUCCAUCGUCCGCGAAGAAGGCCACAUCUACUCCCUCGCCGCCAAAGACGACCUCCUCUACACCGGCUCCGACAGCAAGAACAUCCGCGUCUGGAAAAAGCUCGACGAAUUCUCCGCCUUCAAGUCCAACAGCGGCCUCGUCAAGGCCAUCAUCAUCUCCGGCGACAAGAUCUUCACCGGCCACCAGGACGGCAAGAUCCGCGUCUGGAAGGUCAGCUCCAAGGACCCCUCCGUCCACAAACGCUCCAGCACCAUGCCCCUCUUCUUCGACAUUUUUAAAGCUUCCAUGAAACCCAGCAACUACAUCGAGGUCAAGCGCAACCGCACCGCCGUCUGGAUCAAGCACGCCGACGCCAUUUCCUGCCUCAGCAUCAACCAGGAGAAAGGAUUGCUGUACUCAGCCUCAUGGGACAAGACGUUCAAGGUUUGGCGGACGGAGACGUCGAAAUGCAUCGAAUCGGUGAAGGCCCACGACGACGCCGUCAAUUCGGUGGUCGCCGGCGGCGGGUCGGCGACGGUGUACACGGCGUCGGCGGACGGGACGGUGAAGGCGUGGACGAGGGAGCAGAAGGGGAAGGCGGUGAAGCACACGCUCCUGCAGACGCUGCUCAGCCAGGAAGCCGCCGUGACGGCGCUGGUGAUCAACGCCGCCGGGACGGUGGUGUACUCCGGGUCUUCUGACGGCGUCGUGAACUUCUGGGAGGUGGAGAAUCAGCUGGCGCACGGCGGCGUUCUCAAGGGCCACAAGCUGGCCGUGCUCUGCCUGGCGGCGGCCGGCGGCUUGGUGUUCAGCGGCUCGGCUGAUAAGACGAUCUGUGUGUGGAGGAGGGACGGCUCGGCGCACAACUGCAUCUCGGUGCUGACGGGGCACACCGGACCGGUGAAGUGCCUGGCGGUGGAGAAGGACAAGGACGGCGGCGGCGAGGAAAGCAAGAAGUGGGUUCUAUACAGCGGGAGUCUCGACAAGUCGGUCAAGGUGUGGAGCGUUUCCGAAAUGGCAUCUGACCUGUAAUUAUAUUAUAUAUAUAUAUAGAUAUAUAGUAGUUAUUGCAGAGCCGCCGCGCCGCCGCCGCCGUCCGCCGGCGAUGGAUGGAAGAAGACAUGACUAGUCUGGAGUUGUGGUCCCGGGACCUUUUGGAGAAAUCCUGGAUCACGAUAAAUAUAUGUUCUUGGCUCUGGUUAGCUAGUUAGUAUACAUGUUUAAGUUUUAUAGUAGUAUAUGAUAUGAUAUUGAUCUGUGUAGA